AUGAGCAGACGCCUACGACACCGCUGGCCGGCAUCGUCAGGUGAUCUCGCCUUUCGUCGACCACGGCGAUGCCAGCGACGCAAAGCAGGCGAUGGACAACAUGUCUCGGUCCAGCUACUCGCCGCGACCGACGUCGAACUCAAGCUCACAACCAACACGAAGUUGACGCACGCAGGCACGUCUGCCUUGUUUCCCUUGAGGCUGUCCGCGUCGUGUGUCCUGGGGCUCACCACCGCGGUACACGACGAGCAAGAGCAUCGCGCUCCUGCGAAUAACCCACGGCCGUUCUCUCCCGACACCGCCCGCCAUCCCCAUCCCAUUAUCUUCGACGACUCAUAUGCCGCCCCACGUUUCAUGCUGUCCGCCGACGACCGCACCGAUGCCGGCGUCCCCAAUACAACUCACGAAAGCGUCGAGAACGCUGUCAAGGGCCAGGAGACUGUCAGAGAAUGCGCGGCCGCCGGCACAAUUCUCGAUUGGACGCCGUGGCGACGAGUGAGAGGACUGCAAGCUCGUUGUGGGACAGCCGCAUGUGAUAGCGAGAAUGACCCGUCCACGCGGCCGUUGACGACGCAUGCUCGGUCGACUCCCCAGGUGGACCCCUCGAUCACGACGACGGCGGAACCGCCGGAGGCCUGUGUGCGCUUCCUCGGCGAAGAGCGCGACGAGGGGUGGACCCCUCCCGUCCAAUCCCACGCGAAGAGGACUAGCGCUAAGCAUGUCGCCCCACUGAACGUAUAG